AUGAAAUGUCUACAACCACGUAGUUAUGAAAUCCUUGAACGAAAUCAAAGUCUUAGUAAGAUGCGAGCAUCAAUCACAAGACGUAAAGACAAUAAAUUUCAUACACUUGACUUUUCUUUUGUUUUGUGCAGGCAAAGAUCCCAAUCCAAAAGGUUCGUUCAAACUUUCGGCAUUUUACCUCAUUUUCCUAAAGAAAACGAUCUUUUGCUGAUUUUGUUUAUCAUUUUUGAAAAACAAUUCUACACAGUAGAUUCUGAACUUCGUUGUGAUCAUAAAAAAUAUUCAAAAAGCUGUUUCGCAGAUACAUCAUGA